AUUAAUGUGUGUAACAUUCUCGUUUCCUUCCAGAUUUCGAUCUGAACACAAUCAAAUCGCACAAUGCACAUACAACGAACGUCGUUACGACUGUGCCUAUGGGCUUGCCUGGUCGCGAUGUGUUGGGCGGACCAACCCGCCCCACCAGCCCAACCAGCGCAGGACCCUUGUUCCAGCAAAACUACCUGCAGCGACUGCAUACGGGAGGAUAGCUGUGCCUGGUGCUUCGCGGCCGGGUUCAACGACCCGAGGUGCUUCGACCCGGCCUUAGGAGGCACUGCGGGCUGCGAUGAAGCCUACGUCUUCAUCCCCGACAACGAGCUGUCCGUAGAUCAAGCUUAUAACAAGGAACUUAGUAGAACUGUUCUCGCCCUAAACCUGCUUCAGCAAAACAGCGACUGGUAUCCACCAGUCCAGCUGUCCAGCUGUACCUGGUGCUUCGCUGCCGGCUUCAACGACCCGAGGUGCUUCGACCCGGCCUUAGGAGGCACUGCGGGCUGCGAUGAAGCCUACGUCUUCAACCCCGACAACGAGCUAUCCGUAGACCAAGCUUAUAACAAGGAACUUAGUAGAACGCGAACUCGCGUGAGCUCCGGUUCUGGCUCGGAUGAAGAGUCCGGUGCCUUUGGGGCCAGCAGCAGCGCCGGCGGCGCCAUGCCUACGCCAGGCUCCGGCGAGAAACUCGUUCAGAUCAAACCGCAAAGGGUCAAUCUGAAAUUACGACAGAAUCAAAUGCAUAAGUUAACCUUCGUCUACUGGAGUGCCCAAAACAACCCAUUAGGGCACAGACAGGGCUCCAGCAGCGGCGUGCUCACCGAAAAUUCCGACAACGUCGUCGACUUGGUGCGCGAGCCAUUGACUUAUAUCUCAGGACUGAAAAUCACUUCGGCGGUCGAAAUUACAGACACAUCUAGUGACGCCAUUCAAAUUGUGUAUUAUUCAUCCUGUCUUGACAAAACCAACGUAAUACAGACAAACAAGUGUGACGGAUUAAGGGUGGAUGAUGUCGUGGAGUUUACGGCCGAGAUUACUUUGAAGGAGUGUCCGAAAGACGCGAGCAAGUGGAAGCAAUCGUUCGUCAUCCAUCCUGAAGCCAUCUCCGAGGGUCUCACUGUGGAUCUGGAGAUGAGAUGCGACUGCCCGUGCGACCAUCGCGGACAUCACGCAUACGACGACAGCCCCGGCGUGUGCAGCGGGCACGGCAUCUCCGCGUGCGGCGCGUGCGCCUGCCAGCCCGGCAGAUUCGGCAAGCACUGCGAGUGCGCUGGCGAUGGCAGGGGUUCCGCCGACCAGGACCGAGGCUGCCGCCCGACCAACGCCAGCUACGGCGCCCUCUGCUCCGGCGGGGGCAACUGCAUUUGCGGCGUCUGCGAGUGCUACAAGAUGUCUGACCCCAACGAGGUGAUAUCGGGGCAAUUUUGCGAGUGCGACAACUUCUCUUGCGACCGCAACAAGGGUCGUCUCUGCUCGGGCCCCGACCAUGGCGAGUGCGUGUGCGGCAAGUGCCAGUGCAGGCCCGAGUACACCGGCGACGCCUGCGACUGCCUGCUCGACACCGAGUCGUGCAUCCCUCCAGGGGAAGUUUUUCGCAAGAUCCUGGGACCUAUUCAGAGAGAUGACGGCCCCUGGAGGAUCCGGAAAAAUGCCGAGAUCAAGGAGUUAGUGGCAGAACCUAAUAUUGCCGGCGAAACGAAAGCCCACAGACUUCGCUGGUUCGGUCACCUAAUAAUAACCGCUGUUGUUCGUAAAUCGAGCAUCGCCCCCGGCCGCAGCGAACGCGUGUUCAAGUGCAUAGUCCUAACCGCGCCACAGUAUUCGUAA